AUGGAUAAAAAUUCUGGUAAUUAUUUUAGGGAUUUGUUCAACUCUCCAAAUAUCGACGAAUAUUCAAGUGAAGAAAGUUCUCGAGCCCGUCCUAAUUUCUUCAAUUCUCAAUUUCCAUUUCCCACUCAACAUUCACCAAAUUUCCAACCUUUUCCAUACCCACCACCAUAUUACCAUAAUUUCCAAAGUUAUCCAAAUUCUUUGAGUGGCGACCCUCGAGCUCCGUUUUAUACAUAUCCUCCAGUAUAUUGGCAGAGUAAUCAGUAUUUCAUGCAAGGCCCAUCUCAUGGAAUUAAUCAGCUUCAAUCACCAGAGAUUCAUUCAAAUGAAUCGAGAAGAGCUAUUGUUGAUGCAAUUGACAGUGAUAAAAGUACACCUUAUGCAGUCCCCGAUUCACAAUUUCCUCCAUUUUCAUCUGAAAUAGGGCCUGACGAUAUUAUUCUCAAUCGAGCACCAGAGAUGGGCAACGAAUCAGAUGAAGACCAUAACAAGCGAACAGUAUGGACAGUGGCAGAUGAUAAGCUCCUUGCAGCGGCCUACACAAUUAUGAGUGAAGAUUCAGUAGUUGGUAAUGCCCAGAAGAGUGAGUCAUUUUGGAAACGAGUUGUGACAUACUUCAAUACCAAUCGAGCUAAAGAAGCUAAAAAGAGAACUGCGGAGAAAGCAAAAUCACAUUGGGCUUCAUUGAAAAAGAUCGUAAAUAGAUACAAUGGAAUCUACAAUAAAUGGUAUAAUGAUAGACCAAGCGAAUGGAGUGAUGAGGAUUUGAUGGUGCGAGCUCAUGAAGAAUACAAGAGUACUUUUAAAACUACUUUCCAAUAUGAGCAUGUGUGGAGAAUCGUGAAAGAUAAUCCUAUGUAUGCUCCUCAAUCCUCAGAUCGACGGGCAACAAAAACAAAGCAAGAACAUCAGAAUCAUCGGGUGCACAUAUUGACUCUUCUAAUCCUAAUACAACUGCUGAUAUAG